ACAUCCUUAGCAACCGGCGCGACGAGGCGAUAUCGGCGAUUCUCGAGAUCUCAUGCUCAGUUAAUUCGUGAAAAGUGAAAUUUGCUUCAAAAUUCGGGGUUACACAAAGCCGGUUUCGGUAGCUUUGGAAAGAUCUAAAAGUUUCUCAAGACGUGUAGGAUGGAAUUAACUGGAGAAACUGUUAAAUACGGUCGCAGGAAAGGGCAAUCAAGAGGUUCAACACCUCCUUCUGGUGCCAAUGACAAGUCAAGAUUACCUACAGAGGAAGAUCUGCGUCAAGUUACCAUCCUCUCACAGGGAGAUUGGAACCGCAUCGCUGCUCAGCUAGAGAAGAAAUCCAGAGAUGAGGAGAAGAGGAGAGCACUGAAAGAGGAGAAAGAAGCGCUGAAAAAACGAUCCCAAGAUAUGGUUAAGAAUUGGAGUAACACUAUCGCUGGUCAGCGUCUGAAGAAACUUGAAGCAAGAGCCAUAAGGGAAGAGAAGGAAGAAGCAGAGAGAGUACAGGUUGAUAUUGAGGAGGCCAAGUACCAGGCACAGUGUAGGAAAGAAGCUAUCGAGAAAGCCAAGACACUACAAUACUAUCAGACUGAUAGAGUCAAAGGUUUCCAUGGUGCAUUGCUGUUAACUGAAGUCUUGAAGGAGCGAGAAGCCCAGAUCAGCCUGAAGACUCAGCGGGAAGCAGCUCUGUCUGGACGAGACAAGGAUCUCCUAGCUCGAUAUCAACGAGACCUUGAGGAAGGAAUCUUAGAAGAUCAUAGGAAAGCUGUCAAGGCAAUAAAAGAAAGGAAGAAAGUGGCCGAGUUCCAACUCAAACAAGUUGAGAAGCACAUUGCAGAUACAGAGAGGGAGAUUGUAGAAGACAUUAAAGAAGGGGAAGAUCUCAAACAGCAAGUCCUUCAUUACAACACUGAGAAAGCCAAGAUUGAAGGCAUCCGAAGACAAGAGAAGGUUGAUCUCAUGAAGGCUCAUAAACAGACUGUAGCUGACAGGGAUCUGAUCCGAGCAGCAGAGGGACAGAAAGAAGAAGAAGAAGAGGAACAGAUCAGGAUCUUUGCAGCAGCUAAGAAGAAGAUGACUAAACUAAGGAAGUUGAGAGAGCAAGAUCUGUGGCACAAAAAGCAAGAUCACGUUAAUCAGAUGGUGGACAAACUGGAUGGUCAACUUAAAAUGAAGAUGGAUGAUGAGGAUGAUCGCAUCGCUCGGGCUGUGGAGGAACGAGAAGCAGCCAGGGAGAAAGAAGCCAUGGAGAAACAGCUUAACCUAGAGAAAGAUCUGAAAGAAGAAGCAGAACAUAGGAUGCUACAGAUGAAACAAAGAGAGCAACAAGAACGUGAGGAGAAGAGGAGGGAGCUUGAGGCACUUCAUGUCAAGAUGGAAGCAGAUAAGCUGUUCGCUGCCAAGCAAAAGGAGAAAUAUCAGCAAGCUAGAGACGGUAAUGCCAGGCUGGCCAAGUUCCACAUCAAACAGGCUGGAGAGAGACAGGAGAAGACGCUUAAAGAAGAGGAGGAGAAACUGGAAAUGGAUAAGAAAAAUCUCGAGCUGCUUGCCAUGGAGGAACAACAGUUCCAAGAGUAUGCCAAAAAGGUUAUUGAUCAUUGCGAGAAGGGUGAGAGGAAUACCUAUCCGCUACGGAAGGCUGCCAGAGAGGGGCAUGGUGGGGGGUUGGGUCCAGUGUUUGAAGGGAAAGGAGGUAUCCGUCCGAGUUAUUUAGUCAAUGAUUACACUGAUGUUGAGUUGCCUCAUUAUCAGAGGAAUAGCACAGAUGCUGUGAAGUAUUCUCAUGCAGGAAAUACAAGCAAAACUUCAAAGAGGCUAGGAUUUGUGUGGUAAAAAACUCCAGGCGGAAACUGUGUAAAUACAUGUACAUGUAUAUAGAUGAAGUGAAUACAAACUUGUUUUUUUAUGUACUCAAUUUUUCUUAAAGGGUGCUAUUCUCAGUCAUGGUGGUAGAUAUGCCCGUUUGUCAGUUCAGCACAUGCAAAUGCACAGAAUUCUUGCUCGUUUAGUUAAUGGAUGCAGAGAUUUCGGGGGAUUUAAUUUCCUCCUUAUUGUAUAUUUUAAUGUUAAAAGAGGGACUUGGCAUACAUCCUCCAGAAUAACAGUUAAAUCCUAUUCUUGUAUUCAUGUUGUAUACAUGUGUACAUAGCAGUUUUUUUUUCUCUUAAAAUGGGCAAAUAUGUAAAUAUUGUAUUGGAGUACAUGUAAUUGCUUCGGAUCAGAUGUUUAAAAUUUUAUCAUUGAAGGGGAGGAUGCACUAUUCAAUUAACUGUGAAUCCUUGCAAGUUUGUACAUGUACAUAAAACUAAAUCCAUCCUUGUUGCUAGUUUUUUUUUCCAAAUAAGGUUGUCAUCCUAAAUGUACAUUAGACCGAUUAUCUUUCCAAUGAACACAUAUCAAAAUUGGACUCUUGCUUCUUUUGAUGUUUUUAAAUUCAGUUACCAAAACGAAUACGUGAACACAUACUAACCAAAUUGGUUGAAGAUAAUUUGAUAUUUAUAUACAUGUAUGUGGUAACCAGUGCUUUAUGAGUGGAUUAAAAGGUUGCUUUUUUCAAGCAUUUGUUGCUAAUAAUAAUAAAAUAUGAAAAAAGAAAU